AUGCGCGCAGAGGAAGACAAUGGGAUAGGUCUAUCGCAGGAGGUAUGGGGUUGGGGUGGCUAUCUGGGAUCGAUUCUAUUGUCGAGUGGUGCCUUUGAGCCCUUUGGCAGCUUCGCGAGAAGGCUUCCUUUGGCUAGGAUUGGCGAGAAACGACAGCAAUGUUGGUUGAAGCAGGCGAGCGCGAGUGGAUUGGCAGAGCUGAAGAAAAAGGUUCGGGGUGUUCUUCUCGUCCAGAUGGGUGGCGGAACUCUCAGCGAAAUGCCUAGGGAUGCGGGAUGCGAGAUGCAAGAGAAUGGAAGUGGAAGUGUCGAAGUUCUAGAGUUCGAAGAGAAGGAGAAGGGUUUCCGAAGGCCAGGGCCGCCGGAAAUAUGA